AUGGAAAAUCAAGCUUUGGACAGUCAAAUUGAAGGUAAGUCAUCGCUGGUAACAAGAUUCAUUGAGUUUUGAGCAAACUGAGAUUGAGUAAAGCUUGCUUUCUUUAUUUAGUGAUACUAAAUGAAGGCAAUGAAGACUUUAAUGCUGUGGACAGUGACAUUGAAGGUAAGACUAGACUAAGAAGGGUUUUGAAAGGUGUUAAGAGUGGGGGGUCUUUUAUUCUAGAGUAAACUAAAUAAAGAAAUAACCCGAAGGGAGCCGAAGGUAGCGGACAUAGCCGCAGGGAGCCGAAGGAAUCAUAAGACCUCGGGAAUAACCCGAAGGGAGUCGAAUGAGCCCGAAGAUCACAAAACUAACUGGAAGUAAGCCAAAUAGCUGGAACUGAGUGAAAUUAACUGGAAAUAAGUGAAAUAAACCGGAAGUAAAUGAAAUUAACCAGAACUAAGGGAAAUUAACCGGAAGUAAGUAAAAAGAACUGAAAAGUAUCGUUUUCUAUCUUUUAUAGAUGACUACUGGAGGAGGAUAUUGAUGGGCUGAUGGAAAUGAAAAAAAAAUGGCAAAAAAAAGAGAUGCAUCGUUAAAAUCAAAAACAAGGACAACUUGUGUUGUGUGAGGGCCAUCGUCACCAUCAAGGAAAAGGUGGACGGGGGCUCACAUUACGAAAAUCUAAAACGUGGACAGCCAAUCCAAGAAUGUUGGGCACGUCUACUACACCAAGAAGCGAAUGUACCCGAAGGCAGCAGCGGGUUCGAGGAACUGCAACAAUUCCAAGAUGUCCUCGGACCACAGGGUACCAGCUGAUUGUCAUGGAAACCUCAAAAUGCUUGAUUGUCUUUAAAGAUGCCACAUUUAAUGAUGCAUCUCACAAGUACCGAUUCUGUGGAGGAAAUUCAAUUGGAUUUAAGUAUUCAACAACUGUGUGUUGCUGCAUGGCAUGAAAGUUUGUUGAUGUCUAUGAGUGACGCUUUAUUGCGUGCACUUCAACAUUGGAUUACAAGCCAUGGGUACCCAAUGAGAUCACAUUAUGUUUUAUUGCAAGAAGUCGACCCGUUACCUUUACCAUUAACAGGAUGUCUAGGGGUGCUUACAAAUAUCCCCAUCUUUGCUUUCUUUCCAUGGACUGUGACGUUAUCACGCACAUUUUUAGCCAUGUUGGAUUGGUUAAGCUAUAAAUGGCUCAUGACUCAAAUAAAAGCACCAUGCAUAGAAUUUAAAUUAGUUAUUACACUUAUCCACAAAAACAAUCGCCAUUGACGUCAUCACGUUAAUGGAGGAGAAAACAAUAAAGAUUGACGUCAUCAGACUAAUCUAUGACAACAAUAAUCAUUGACAUCAUAGUCAGUGAACAAAGGACUUGACAAGACUUACCCCGAGGACAUGAUGAUGAAAACAAUACGUGGCCAAAGCAUACAGACAAUCUCUGGGGAUCGCUUUGAGUAUAAAUGUUAGGUAGUUUGGCUUUUUCAAUCAUAGCGUCUUGGUGUCAAUCUGUGUAACAUCGUCAUAGCUUCAGAGUAAAUAUGGAAAAACAAGAUCAAAUGCGAGAGCAGAACAUGAAUUUGCAUCUACAUUUGCAACAUUUAAGUGAGAGUGAUGACUUUUUGAAAGAGUAGACAUUUGUGGAAUCAACACCGAUUGUAGAGGGAGAGCAUAACAUCUGUCCGUGUGGCAAGAUGGGACUAAAGGAACGUUUUAUGAUAGAAAACAAGAUAAACGGCAAUCACACGUUUGUGGGUUCGGAAUGCAUCGACAACAUUGAUACAAAGGCAAAAGAUGUGAAUUAUUAUAUUCGUCGUCUUUUAUAUCAGGGAUUGCAGGGGACCUACAGAGGCAUGACUAGGAAUGGUCUAGUCUUUCUUUCAGUCGAUUCAACCUCAGGAUUUGUAAAGUAUCUACCUACAGUCAAGCAUUUAAAUCCGCCAGUAACAAGAAACAUGGAGGGUCCAUGGUACAUCUCUAUCUUCUUUCCCAAAGAAAACACUAUGAUUUAUGGCAAAAAAUACAGGAUUCACUUUUUAGUUCAGUCUCCGAUGAUGAAGUCUUCAGAGAGCUGAGAAAUCUUAAAAGAAAUAAAUCGACCGGCCUGGAUAAUCUUCCCCCUGGAAUGUUAAAGGAUGCAGCGACUAUUAUAACCAAGCCAUUAGCUUACAUAAUAAACUUAUCCUUGCAAUCUGGUUCAGUGCCCAUGGAAUGGAAAGCUGCCAAGAUUAUACCGCUUUUCAAAAGCGGUUCCAUGGUUGAGCUUGACAAUUACAGGCCAAUAUCUAUACUACCAGUAUUGUCUAAGAUCUUGGAAAGAAUUGUAUAUAAACAGUUGUUGUCACACCUCGAGAAUAAUGGUUUGCUGUCAUCUUUCCAGUUCGGAUUCCGAUCUAAACGCUCUACUGAACUAGCGGUUACAUAUUUUACGGACAAAAUCAGGAAAGAAGUUGACAAUGGAAACAUCGUGGGUGCUGUUUUUAUCGAUCUGUCAAAAGCAUUUGACACUGUUAGUCAUUCA